UCAUGGCAUUUGAUUAAACAGCUCAGAUGCAUACCCAGUUAUCCGGCGGUUGAGAUUAACCAAAGCAGUUAGUUGAGGUUUCGUGUAUAAGACGGAAACGACAUAGUUUAGAGUGAGAAAGAGAGAAAUGCGUAGGUUCUCAACCAUACUCGAUCUUUGCCUCAGCAAACGCCGUCUUCUCUUACCAUCUUCUCGAAUCGAUCUCAUCACCAAAAGGUUUCACAUUUCCAGACAUGACUCCGUGGAGUCAACCGAGAUAGUUAACGGGUCUGGAUACGAGCGUAAGCAGGAAGAUGAACUCGUGGAGAAGAUAUACAGAAUAUUACGAAACUACCAUUCUAGGGUUCCGAAGUUGGAGCUUGCUCUCAACGAAUCAAGUAUCGAUCUUCAACCCGGGCUAAUCGUCCAAGUGCUGGAUCGUUGCGGCGAUGCUGGCAAUCUAGGUUACAGAUUCUUCCUCUGGGCAUCGAACCAACCUAGCUAUCGCCACAGCUACCAAGUCUGCAAAUCGAUGGUGAAGAUUCUCAGUAAAAUGCGUCAGUUCGGAGCUGUCUGGGCUUUGCUCGACGAGAUGAAGAACCAGAAUCCUCACUUGAUUGAGGCGGAGCUCUUCGUUGUACUGAUGCGGAGGUUUGCUUCUGCUAACAUGGCCAAGAAAGCGGUCGAGGUGCUCGACGAAAUGCCAAAGUACGGGAUCGAGCCUGACGAGUUUGUUUUCGGAAGCUUGGUAGACGCGUUGUGCAAGAACGGUUGUGUCAAGGAUGCUUCGACGCUUUUGGAGGACAUGAGAGAGAGGUUUCCUCCGAAUCUACGGUGUUUCACUUCCUUGCUGUACGGUUGGUGUAGGGAAGGGAAGUUGAUUGAAGCUAAGAAUGUUUUGGUUCAGAUGAAGGAAGCAGGGAUUGAGCCUGACAUUGUUGUUUUCACUAACUUGCUUAGCGGCUAUGCUCACGCUGGUAAGAUGGCGGAUGCGUAUGAUCUUAUGAAGGAUAUGAGGAGGAGAGGGUUUGAGCCGAAUGCGAAUUGUUAUACGGUUUUGAUCCAGGCCUUGUGUAAGAUGGAGAAGAGGAUGGAUGAGGCUAUGAGGGUUUUUGUUGAGAUGGAGAGGUAUGGGUGUGAGGCUGAUAUAGUGACUUACACCGCCUUGAUUAGUGGGUUUUGUAAGUGGGGGAUGAUUGAUAAGGGUUAUAGUGUUUUAGAUGAUAUGAGGAAGAAAGGAGUUGUGCCGUCGCAGGUAACGUAUAUGCAGAUAAUGGUGGCUCAUGAGAAGAAGGAACAGUUUGAAGAGUGUUUGGAGUUGAUUGAGAAGAUGAAGGAGAGAGGUUGUCAUCCUGAUCUUCUUAUCUACAAUGUAGUGAUCAGAUUGGCGUGUAAGUUAGGAGAAGUGAAAGAAGCUGUUAGGUUAUGGAGUGAAAUGGAAGCUACUAAUGGUUUAAGCCCUGGAGCUGAUACCUUUGUUAUUAUGAUCAACGGGUUUACAAGCCAAGGUUAUCUAGUUGAAGCAUGCGAUCACUUCAAAGAAAUGGUAAGCCGAGGGAUAUUCUCUGCGCCGCAAUAUGGAACAUUGAAGACACUGCUGAACACUCUUGUUAGAGAUGAUAGGGUGGAAAUGGCGAAAGAUGUUUGGAGUUGCAUAUCGAACAAAAGCUCUUCUUGUGAGCUGAAUGUAGCGGCGUGGACAAUAUGGAUCCAUGCUUUGUUGGCGAGAGGUCACGUGAAGGAGGCGUGUUCGUAUUGUCUGGAAAUGAUGGAUAUGGAUUUGAUGCCGCAGCCUGAUACUUAUGUGAAGCUCAUGAAAGGAUUGAAUAAACUGUACAAUAGGACGAUCGCUGGAGAGAUAACAGAGAAGGUGAUGAAGAUGGCGAGUGAGAGAGAGAUGAGUUUUAAGAUGUAUAAGAGGAGAGGUGAGGAGGAUUUGAUUGAGAAAGCUAAACCUAAGGGGAAUAAAGAAGGGAAGAAGAAAGGAACAGGUGAUCGUAAUCAGCAUAAGUGGGGAGAGUAUCGUCGUUCGGAUCGUCUCUUGAUGUUGAGGACACUGUCUCUCGCUCGGGACCAUCUCAGAUCCAAAGCGCAAAUAUCGUCUUCUCCAUUUUCACCUCCUUCUACCAUUCGUGCCCUCUCUUCUCCAUUUUCUUCGAAGCGACAUGCGCCUAAGGCUACCGAAGAAGAAGCACCGGCGGCUCUAAAAGAAUCCGUUUUGCUGUACCCGAAAGACCCGUCGAGCACACCCAAGCUCUUCCUUGUCCAGCCUCGUCUAACUCCGCCUAAGUUUCUUCAGGCCAAGCUUAACGAAGCGCUCUGCCUCGCGAAUUCGCUUGAAGAACAGAGAUAUGGCUACUUCGAAUCUGAUUUCUUCGACAAGGAACUGCCUUCUCACGUUGUUGUCCAAAACCCUAUUGCCAGGUCGUCUAAACCUCGCGUAGAUACUUAUUUCGGGCGUGGGACUGUAGACAACAUCCAAUGCCAUCUUAAUGCUGAAGAUUCCAAGGAAGAAGUUGAU